AUGGCAACGCAUGCAACUAUUGUCGCUCGCGUAGGGCCACGAAAGCACCAUCUGAAGCUUGGUUCUGGCUUUGGAGUUUUCGACCCAGGUUAUAUCAAAGGUGAAGACACCGAGCUCUUGAACUGGGAAGCAGCCGAAAAAACGCAGCACGCAGCUUUAAGCAGGUCCGACCACCCUUUGACCAUCGUUACCUCGGGAAAGGGAGACGAGACAAGCAGUGAUCAUGAGGUCAAAAAGUCGAUGACCAUAAGCGACCACGAGCUACAGGCAGGAGUUCAGAGCGUCGACUCGCAGACAUUCAAUCAAUCCAUCUCCCCAAGCCUCGACACUCGACCAUCUCGAAAGGAGCUUUCCUGGGAGAGGAAUGGGGUUAUGAUGGAUCAGUCUCCGACAACGUUGCCAGAAGUCAGCCAUUACCCCAGUUUCCCUGGGACAGCCAACACUGUUCCGGUAAUGGAAGCACCUUUCCUAUUAGGCUCCGCGACCAUAAGCAUCGUACCGGGAGGGCUGACCUCCGUUUCUCUUCCUCAAUCUCAGACAUCCUGUACUGAGAGCAUGGGUACAGAAGAUGCGCAAUGUCAGGAGCCUUAUGUUAUUCCGAGCGAAGUUUUGCCCCAAUUCCCGUCUGCCUGGAGCACAACCAUAUCAACCGAUGGGGGACCAUAUAGCUCACCGGAUACGGUCCGCACGGCCAAUAUAGCUGGUCCUCAGAACGAAAACAGUACCGAAAUUCCUCUGAAGGUGAUUCCUACUGGCGGUGUGGGUGCCCACGAGAAGAUCAUAUCACCUUUCGUUGCGACCACACGUGUUGGCUCAAUCUAG